ACAGUAUAGUAAUUUGUUGAUAUAAUUUCUCAGUCUUGUUGUGUUUACAAGCAAGAAGAGUAGGUACUGUGAGGACAAUGGAAGAGUUUUGUGACGAGGAAAAUGUAAAUUUACCUGUGACUGCUCCGAGCGCUUUUAAUUUUAAAGAAACUUUCGAUCAAAGAUUAUCUGAAUAUGACCGACAGCAUCAAGGAUCGCAUCGAAAAGCUUGGACAUCCGAAAGAAUUGAAGAGGUUAUAAACGACAUAAAAAGAGCUAGGAUGCCCAUGAGUUCAGGACAGCGAAAGACGGCUAUGGAUUAUUACUAUAUGAAGAAAUACGACAUUAUAGCAAAUGCAAAUGAAGACUGUUUAAUUUUUAAACGACUCACAGACACUGCUCCUACGAUACGCAUUUUACCCAGAGAACAGUAUUUUGAUGUCUUAUCAGAUAUACAUACAUCUUGUGGCCAUGGUGGACGAGAUAAAAUAUUGCACAGUAUAAAGAAUAAAUACUACAUUCCAAAGAAGGCAGUGGAAUUUUUUUUGUCUCUUUGUCCUGUAUGUGAAACCAAAAGAGACGCCCCAGUAAAAGCGAUUGUGGCGAAACCAAUCGCCUCACGUGAUUUUAAUUUGCGAGGUGAAGUAGAUCUUGUCGAUUUCCAGUACUGUCCCGAUGGAGAGUUUAAUUGGCUUUUAAACUAUCAAGACAACGCAACCAAAUUUCUAAACCUGCGUCCUCUUAAAACAAAACGAGCCAGUGAGGUAGCUUCCGAGUUGUUAAAGAUUUUUUUAGUAUUCGGAGCACCCUACAUUUUACAGUCGGACAAUGGUCGUGAAUUCACUGCAAAUGUAACAAAAGAAUUAAAUUUAUUUUGGCCGGAUUGCAAAAUUGUAUAUGAGAAUUCGCGUUGUCCUCAAUCCGGCAACGGUAGCAAACAUAACGUGGAAAAUAUACUGCGAACCUGGAUGAGUGAAAACAAAUCAACAAACUGGUCUGUUGGCUGCUUUUUCGUGCAAUAUUCGAUAAAUGCUUCAUUAGAUCAAAAAAUUGGAAUGUCUCCGUAUAAAGCUUUAUUUGGGAAUGAACCGAAAGCAAGUUUAAAAGAAUCUCAUAUUGCGACAUCUUCUCUUUUAGCUUCAGACACAGAGGAACAAUUUAAAAAAAAUAUAAAGCAAGAACCAGAUGAAAUUACAAAUCAUGCCCAUAGCAACAAUGACAAUAAUUCUAAAACCUCUAUUGAACGUUAUGAGUUAAACGUCACGUGCGCAGUAUGCCAUAAUGAUGUCACUGGAGCGUACAAAUGUGAAUGGUGUAAUAAUGUUCCAGGGGCAAUAACUGUUGGUGAAAAGGAUCACAGUUCCAAAGUUGUAGGCAAAGAGUAUAAGGUUGAACAAGAUAUAAAAGAAGAAUACGACGCAACAUACAGUGGACUUAAACGUCCAGCAGAAGAGAUAAUCAAUAAUAAUGUUAAAAAAUACACGACUUAGACAAUGGUGUUCAUAAAGUUGAAACUAAAUAUAGAACUAUCUAAUCAA